AUGUUCUAUUUGAUAUGUACAUCGGUGCCUGUAAGUUUUAUUCUGGGAGUUAUUCUUUCAAUAGCAUACUGGACCUACAGAUGUCGGAGGCCACUAUUGUCAAUAGGCAUACGUUAUAAAAACUCGGCACUGACAGCUCAUAUUUUAUCAGCAUGUAAUUUUAAUGAACUCACGUUCGACCCACCUUGGUAUAUAAGAAAUCCACAUAUUCAGACAAUACUUCCGUACUUGAUGCAACACGCUAAUGUCGAAUUCGACCGCGAAUAUAUUCAAAUGAAGGACAGAGGAGUUAUAGCACUCGAUUGGGUCAAAUCAGUGUCAAAGAACACGCGCAAACGUUCUGCAGUUGUUCUUAUUCUACCAGGAAUAACGUCUGACGCUACAAACGUGUCUUACCUUUGCAAACUAGCUUCCAACAAAGGAUAUAAACCCGUUGUAUAUAAUCAGAGAGGGUUUGGGAACACGGAGCUUACAACGGCAAUGCUCCUCAACAAUUGCGAUCCAUCUGACCUAAGGCAAACAAUACAGUGCAUUCAGGACCGACAUCGCUUACCCGUUGUAAGUAUCGCGUACGGGACAGGAUGUGAUUUGCUGUUGUCAUACCUCGGAGAAUUCGGGUCAUCAGCUCGCAUAUUUGGGGGUGUAUGCAUUUCGGCGUGUUUAGAAAACGAGGACAGGCCUUCGCAGACGUUAAAAAGAGUAUACAACGUGUUGCACUUGUUAAAGCUGAAAUCAAUUAUUUGCAGAAAUUACUACGCACUUUCAAAGCAAAUAAACUUCGCUGAAAUGAUGAAAUGUUGGUCUCUAAAAGAGUUCGAUAAAAUUGUGUUCUCCAGAUUUUAUAAUUACAAAUCAGUAGAUGAGUUUGAAGAACAAAUGCAUCCUAUGAGAGAUAUUGAUGAAAUAUGCGCGCCUUUACUCUUCAUAAACAGUCUCGAUGACCCCUUGGACUCCAAAUGUGACCUGCUGUUUGAAUUAUGUGAUGAAUUUCCAAAUUUUAUGGCGAUUGUUUCACCGACUGGUGGUCAUUGCGGAUUUUAUGAUAGUCUUUUUGACGUGAGUUGGUCCGACAGACUUGCUUUGACUUACAUUCAGUCCGUUCUAUACUUUGGUAUCAAAUAGCUCUCAGUGUAUGUACUUUUGUAAACCGAGUGAUC